AUGUCUGCUGAUGAAAAGGGAGCAACUAAUGCUACCAAUUCUGAAAUAAAGUUAUUGAUUAAACUUCCAUUCAAAAGCGGUCCUACAGCACAUUCUAAGAAGACUCAAGUUAACCAGGAGAAUGAAUUGCAAUUACUUUUCACCAGAGAGGGCAAAAUUCAAAAUGUUAUUGAUGUUUUAGGCGUUGUUUAUACUACGAAAUUUUUGACCAAUAUAGAUCUGGAAGCUAAUGGUAGAGUUCUUAGCCCAUUGGAAAACCUUUCAGAUGUGGUCGGUAAUGAUGAAGCUGAAACCUUCAAAUUAAAGUUGUUGUACAAGCCUUAUAAUGCAAGAGAAGUCUUGAAGCAUCUUUUAGCAACCCGUGAAUACUUGGGAUUUACUCCAGAGACAACAGAUGGAUUAUCAGAUUUUGCUGUUUCAGUAGGCUCCAAAUUCCCUGAAAUUCCAUUCAAAGAGAUUAAACAGAGGACUGAAUCUGAGCAUAAAGAUGAAAAGAAUGAGGGGAAAAAGGAAAACGUCGAACCAGAAAUUUCCGCGGAGGAAAAGCAAGAAUUCGUCAAGCUUGUUCAUGAGAUAUUUGAAGAGUUUAAUUCUGAGCCCAACAAAAAUUCCUAUUUUACCGGAAACAGUAUUAUUACCCCAUGCCUUCGUUCGCUUUAUUUGUCGCAUUAUAAUCCUGUCCCAGCCUUCUAUAGGGCUAGAGGCCAUCUAAUGUAUUUGAAAGCGGUUACUUUAGAAGGUGAAGUUUUCCACAUUACAGCGGUUCCAUCCGGGUUCUAUCUGAAUAAGUCCUCCGAAACAAAAUUUGAUCCUUUCCCUAGAGAAGCAGAAAAUGACGAUCAUUAUGUUAAACCAUCGCUUCAUCAAUUGAUAGGUAUGCAUUCUAAAAAAUUCUUUUCUCACAUUGAAAAUUUUGAAAAGAAGAUUAGUAAAUUGGAUUCUGCUGCAUAUUUGAAGCCAACAACUACAUUUUUACAUAAGCCAUGGUUAAUCUCUUCCCUACCUGUUGAGACUGGUGAUUAUUUGCGUUUACAGGAAAAUUCAUACAAUUUCGAUACUGAGAGAAAUUUCAAUGAUGAAUUUCAAGCAGUUAGAGAAUUGGCAUCAGAUUCUUUGCAUGAACGUGUUGAAGCUGAGAGAUUAUUGAUUAGAAUAAGCCAUGAAUUCUCUGCUGCUGCUUCAAAAACUGCCAUGUCUAUCUUACAUGGUGAUUUGGUCGCUAUGAACCCUGAGAGUCCAUUGGAGGAACAAAUCUUCCUAAAGGAUAACAUUUUCUAUUCAUUUGUCACUGAUGUUAGCGGCAAUUUUACCGGAAAAGGUGGAGAUGCUGCUGCCUUCGCUGCAGCAAACCAAGAUCUAAGAACUACCAACUUGUUGAAUCGUUUGAAUCUGAGGGAUGUGCGUUAUUUGCUCGCCACUAUUGUUGACUUCGCUGGUAAAAGAAUUCUAGCACAAACUCCAGUUCCAGGUCUUUUGAAUACUAUGGGCACACGUAUAGUUGAAGAUCCAGAAACCGGUAAGGAAGUUAUUGAAGAUCUACCUAACGAAGUGGUUGUCAACUAUGGAUAUGAUGAAGCUGAAGGUAAAGUUGUAUCUAAUGAAGAAUUUGACGAAUCUGUGAGAAAGGAGUUUAGUAGAACUUUCCAUCUAAAGACUCAUGAGGUCGAUGGUGCUCAAGUGUCUUUUUCAUCACAAUCAAAGGGUAUUAUCGGUUUUGACAAGAGAAAAUACAUCUUAGAUUUGGCCAACACUUACCCCUUGGACAUCAACUUUGUCAGAGCUAAUUUCGAUAGUGUAGAAGAAUCCAAACGCUACCCUCAUAGACAAACUCUAUUGCGUCCAGAAUUAAUUGAAAAAUGGUGGCAAGAAAAAUUGACUAAAGCUGGUGUUGAAUAUAAAGAAGCUUAUGAAAGGAACAUGUUUUCAUACAACCCAGAUGCCUACCAAAUUCCAGGAAUUGAAGAUCCCGUGAUAGACGAGAUUUCUGAUUAUUUGGAGAAAACUGUUUUACAAAGUGUGGUUGAAGACUAUGCCUCUACCAAUGCCAUGGCUCCCUAUGAUGGUGCCCAUGUCGUGGACAACUUGCAUAUCAACGGUAUUAACGUUCGUUACUUGGGUAAAUUGAUUGAAUUGGCGAAGAACACCUUGUCCCAACAGACCGCUGAUUACGAGAAUAAUUUGGUUAAAAUCCAAGAGGGCAACAAGGAUCAUCAAGAGUGGGAAAAAGGUUAUUUGAUCAAGAUCGAAAAAAUGCUGAAGGAAAGACAAGAAAAGAUUAACAAAUAUAUUGAAGCAAACAAAGAAGUUCCUAAGGAAUUGACUGGAGAAUUGAAAUUGAACGAUGAGGAAAUUCGUAAGCCAACUAAGGAGACGCCAGCAAUUAUUGCUAAGGAUUAUCUAUUGCCUUUGAUAUCAGCAGCUGAAUCAGAAAUUGUUGCACGUUCUUUGAAACAUGUUCUACGUAGCUACAGUAAGCCCCUACCUGUCGCUCUGCUACCUUCUUUUGUUGCGUAUGUUUUCAACCUGUUCUUUGGUGUAGAAUAUAAUGAUAAACCAGUUCCAGAGGAAGUAGAUGAAUUUUACCCAGUCAAGAAUUACGAGUUCUCUAAAUUGACUCGCGCCUCUCUAUUGGAAGCGAUUGAGGAACAGGCCUAUCUACGUUUCCGUUAUGAGCUGCCUGGUAAUUGGUUUGAAGCACAUACUAAGGUUCCUUUUGCUUUGAUCAGAUCUGUCUGUUACGGAUUUGGUAUUCAACUAAUCAACAAGGAAUAUUUCUUCAACAAAGAACAGUUCAGCGCCUAUCAGAAUAGUUUAGAUAAGAAGAUGAGAAACAAGGUUGUGGCUCCUAAGUACACCUUUUCAUCAUCUGAUUUGCUCGUCAUCCCUCGCGUUAAGACCACCAAUUAUGGCUCAAGCGUUGGUGACGAAUUGUGGGCCGAAGGUGCCGCAGUAUUGGAUAAGGAUCAAGGUCUCGCCUUGACCUUCCUAUCCCAGGCUAUUGCUGUCAAAGAAGAUGUAUCUACAGCUUUGGACCGCUCCGUGGCAGAAAAGUACUUGGCCUUGUCAACCAUCUACAGUAGCGUUGGGUUAGUACCAGAAGCUGUUGCCUUUGCUCGUAAGGCUUCUGUCAUUUAUGAAAGGGUUACCGGUUUGGAUUCCUUUGAGUUAUUGCGUUCUUUGAGCAACUUGGCUUUGAUGGAGUACUCUAACCGCAGUCCAUACAAUGCUGCCUUGGUAUACAAGAGGAUCAUGGAAAUUGUCAAACCGUUCGAUUUAACCAGCAAACACCAUCCAGUUAUCAUUAGUGCUUUGAACUAUUUGGAGGAAUUUGCUGUAACUUUGAAAGAUUCUAGAUUGGCAAUUGAGAUUUUGAACAAACUUUGUACAUUGGUUGCCAAGUUGGAUGGUGAAAACUCGUUGGCUUCUGGUUAUCUAGAAUCACGUAUCGGUAACUUAUACGCUACCUUGGACGAUAUGCCCCAUGCUUUGGAUCAUAUCGCCCGCACCAACGGCAUCUUCAUCAAGGAGUUGGGUCUUAACCAUGAAGUUACCGCCCAGGCAAGACAAUGGACUGAGGGGUUAACCAAUUUGAUUAAGAAUAACCAAUUCAAGCAAAAGGUCUUAGAACAGAAAGCUAGAGCCAACAAUGGUGCUACUCCUCAAAACCGUAAGAAUGUAGACGAAAAACAAGUGCAACCUAACCCAGGAUUGGCUAACAAAUCUGUGGAUGAACUCUUGAAUUUCAUCGAAGGUUCUGAAGGCGCUGAUACUAAGCAAUCCAAGAAUAAAAAGAAGAGUAAGGGCAAAGGUGGUAAGAAAUAA